AUGAUGAUUAUUUUAAUAUUUUCAAAAUUAUUCUCAAAAGGCUUAUAUAUAUAACAAUAACAGGAGAAUAUUCCAGAUAGACAAGCAGUAAUUAGGCUUUAAACUCCCAUAAGACCUUAAAAAACAACUAAAUUUAUGAUAAAUAAGGUUUUUUUCAUCAACAAUAUUGUAAAGUAUUAUUUAGCUCCUUAUUUUGCUUAAUUCUUAAUUCCCUCUACCAACACUGAUAAAUUUUUAGCAAUUCUGUUUUUUAUGCUAAGAUAAUAGAACAAUUGGGCAAUCACGAAUAAAUUACAAAUAAAUACAAAAAGAGCUAAAUAUGAAGUAAUUUUAUUUGUAGUAGUUGAUGUAUUAAAAUUUACAAUCUAUAAAAUAGAUGCAAAGGUUAAUUCAUAAAAAUUAGAUGUAUAAAUUCUAAUAAUUCCAGAGUAAAUAAAAUAUUAAUAAUAUUUUCGUGCAAUACUUUAAAUUAAAAAUAUCAAUUUAACUAUUUUAAAUAAAAAAUCUUUUUGA